AUGGAUAAUUUGUGGACUCGUCGCUCUAAUAAUAAUAGCAAAAUCUCUUUAACAACGGGAGCAUCCAACGUAAACGCAUCAUCACAAGGCCAAGAAAACCCAGCCAGAAGUUUUUCUCUGGGUCGUAGGCACGCUGAUGGCUUACAGAACAACUCAAAAACCCACUACAACACACUUCCUAUAUCUACAUCUUCUCUCGCAUCUCCAACCACUGGCGCAUCGAGUGCAUUCGGACUAGGAUCUGGUGCAUUCGCUUCAUUCGGUAAUUCUAAAACAUCUAAAACACCAGGUGCUGCACUAGAUUUUAGCAACGUCAUGGGCUCAACCAAGGCGCCCAAUCUUGAACUUCGAGAAGCCAUAACCAAUCAAACAAAGACAUCAACUUCGGAACAUAAACAUUUAACGACAUCAUCAUCCACUCAUAUACUACGUCACAACUGGAUGAUAUGGUUUCGUCCGCCUAUUUCGAAGUCAAAUGGUUUUAUCCAGUAUGAAAAAACUUUACAUCCUAUCGCUGGAUUUGGAAGUGUUGAAGAUUUUCUGACAAUAUAUCGGCACCUUAAACGACCAUCUUCAUUGCCACCGGUAUCAGACUAUCACAUAUUCAAAAAAGGGAUAAGGCCUGUAUGGGAAGACGACGAAAAUAGGAAGGGUGGUAAAUGGAUUGUUCGAAUGAAAAAAGGACUAGCGGAUCGGUACUGGGAAGAUUUAGUCUUCGCAACAAUCGGCGAGCAAUUUGCAGAGGCUAGCGAGGAGGUAUGUGGAAUUGUUCUCAGCGUGCGCAACGGAGAGGAUAUUUUGAGUAUUUGGACUCGAAAUGAUGGUGGAAGAGUUCUCAAAAUAAGGGAAACGAUGAAGCGUAUUCUAGGAUUUCCCCCUGACACCAAAGUCGAGUGGAAAAGCCAUGACUCAAGUAUUCAACAUCGGACUGCUAUAGAUGAACACCGUAAAGAAAAAUCUGCUCAUCAUAUAUCUAACGCGGGAAGGAAUGCAAAUCGAAUAACUGACGAUGUUGCAUCAUCCCCAUUGAGCAAAAAGUGA